CAAAUAGACACAAUAAGUAAAGAGUUGUGUCUCUUUCUCUCUAAGAUAAACGACACAACCUAAUCUAAAAGUCACGACUCUAACAAACACCUUUUAAUACAACAUAAUUAUAACUUAUAGACCAAACUCAAUUAUAAACUAACAGAUUUGAUGCAGCUUCCUAAUUUCCAACAGCUCCAUGAUGUUUAUCAGCUCGUUGUUGUCAGAAUCUGCAUCUUCAUAAAUUUAUAAUAAAUAUAAAUAUAUAAUGUAUAACUGUAUGUAGAACCGUAUAUUGUGGAUCCGUGAAUUGGUGGAAGAGUUGCUAUUGCGGAAUCGUCCAAGAAGCUAUUCAUAAAAUCAAUCACGAAAGAAAAAGAAUUUGUUUUGCUAUUAUCUCUAUAUUGUGGGUAGCCAUUUUUGGAAUCUUUGAAAAAUCAACCAAUACGCAUUUUCUCUCAGUUUGGAAGUUAACAAAGACGCGUUUUUUCAAGGUUUUGUGGGGACUGGGGACCAAAAGUUCUUAAUAUGGGUUAACGUCUCACAGCAGCACCUUCGCUCAGAAUCGCCAGAAACUGUUCCCUACUCUUGCUGACAAAGUCAUCAUCAACGACGGAUUCUACAACGCUUCACUCGGCCAAGAUCCCGACAAAGUUUACGCUCUUGUCAGCUGCGCAAGAGGCUACGACCAAGACGCUUGUUACAAUUGUGUCCAAUCAUUGACUCAGAACACACUAACAGAUUGUCGAAGCCGUAGGGAUUCGUUCAUAUGGGGAGGCAAUGACGAUGUAACUUGUCUUGUACGUUCCUCAAACCAGUCUACUUUUGGGAGCGUCCAGCUUAAACCUCCUGUUGUAUGGCCAAGUCCAGAUACUAUAGAGUCAUCUAAAAACAUAACCCUUUUCAAACAACAGUGGGAAGAAAUGGUUAAUCGGACCCUAGAGGCUGCCACGAAAGCUGAAGGUUCCUCGGUGCUUAAGUACUAUAAGGCCGAAAAAGCGGGUUUCACCGAGUUUCCAGAUGUUUACAUGCUGAUGCAAUGCACACCCGACUUAAGUUCACGAGAUUGCAAGCAAUGUUUGGGAGAUUGCGUGAUGUACUUUAGAAAAGACUAUAUGGGAAGAAAAGGAGGCAUGGCUAGUCUUCCAAGCUGUUAUUUCAGGUGGGAUCUAUAUUCUUUCCAUAAUGCUUUUGAUAAUGUAACAAGAGUUCCUGCGCCUCCUCCUCGACCUCAUGCUCAGGAAAAGGAGAGCUGCAUAACAGUAAAAAAAGGGAAAAGCAUUGGGUAUGGCGGAAUUAUCGCAAUAGUUGUGGUGUUUACUUUCAUUAAUCUUUUGGUGUUUAUUGGCUUUAUCAAAGUCUAUGCACGGAGGGGAAAAUUAAAUAAUGUUGGUAGUGCAGAAUACUCUGAUUCUGAUGGUCAAUUCAUGUUACGGUUUGAUCUUGGUAUGAUCGUAAUGGCAACUGAUGACUUCUCCUCUGAAAAUACGCUUGGCCAAGGUGGAUUUGGUACGGUUUAUAAGGGGACAUUCCCAAACGGGCAAGAGGUAGCGGUCAAGAGACUAACAAAAGGAUCAGGACAAGGAGAUAUGGAGUUUAAGAAUGAGGUUUCACUCUUGACAAGACUCCAACAUAAGAAUCUUGUUAAGCUUCUUGGGUUCUGUAAUGAGGGAGAUGAAGAGAUUCUUGUCUACGAGUUUGUCCCCAACUCAAGUCUUGAUCACUUUAUCUUUGAUGAAGAUAAGCGUUCUCUUCUUACAUGGGAGGUGAGGUUCAGAAUUAUAGAAGGCAUUGCUCGAGGUCUUCUCUAUCUCCAUGAAGAUUCUCAGCUGAAGAUUAUUCACAGAGACUUGAAGGCAAGCAACAUACUUUUAGACGCUGAGAUGAACCCUAAAGUUGCGGAUUUCGGGACUGCGAGGUUGUUCGACUCCGACGAGACUCGAGCUGAAACAAAAAGAAUAGCUGGAACCCGUGGAUAUAUGGCUCCUGAGUACUUGAAUCAUGGACAAAUCUCAGCUAAAUCUGACGUUUAUAGCUUCGGUGUUAUGCUUCUAGAGAUGAUUAGUGGUGAAAGAAACAAUAGCUUCGAAGGAGAAGGACUUGCAGCUUUUGUAAGCUUCUUCACAAUUUUUUUUUUUUUUGAAUAGCUGGAGGUUUUGGGCCGAAGCCCGUAAUCCCCCCAGGACCGAAACCACAGCAUGUAAUAUUAGUUUCGUUCCAAGCGUUACUCGAACCGGCGACCUUAAGCUUCUUCACAUAUCAGUUUUUGUUUUUCUAUCUUCAAAACUUUAUCCCGAAAGUAAGAACUUAUGUUUUUGGUGUAGGCAUGGAAAAGAUGGGUUGAAGGAAAGCCUGAGAUUAUAAUUGAUCCGUUCUUAAUAGAGAAUCCAAGAAAUGAGAUCAUCAAGUUGAUCCAAAUUGGUUUGUUGUGUGUUCAAGAGAAUUCAACAAAGAGACCAACCAUGAGCUCUGUAAUAAUUUGGCUUGGCAGUGAGACUAUCAUCAUUCCUUUACCUAAAGCUCCUGCUUUCACUUGGAUUCGAUCCCAAUCUGAAAGUGGUGCAAUGUCAUUGAGCGACGAUGUCUUCACGGAGUUGAGUUGUCGUUGAGAUAUACAUCAGUUAAUCAAAAUAUUUGAAUAUUUUUUAAUAUCAAACUCCAUUAAUCUGCAAAUUUGUUAGUAAAUCGCAUAAUCUUGGAUUCGAACUUUAGACUUCUUUGGUGUAAAGGCUUUAUUAACUCUUGAUUAACCUUUGGGCCAAGAGGGUUUUCGCGUCCAGUUUUGUUUUAAAACUAUUUUCACCAAUAUUAAUUAAUAUUAUAGAGGUAAGAAAUAAAUAAACUUAAAAUGUUGCAC